UAAAGUUUGAAUAAUUCAUGAGCUACAACUUGCCUGGUCGUAAGAAGUGACUGUAAAAAGGGAGGGGGGUGAUCCACAAUCAUAUUCAUAAGGGGUGACGGAAUGGCCACCGCGGCUUCUAAUCCCUACCUGCCCACCAACAGCAUCCUGUCGUCCGGCUCCAUCGUGCACUCUGACUCCGGAGGGGGCGGCAUGCAGCCCGGCAGCGCUGCGGUUACCUCCGGGUCCGGGGGAUACAGGGGGGACCCCUCCGUCAAGAUGGUGCAGAGUGACUUUAUGCAGGGCGCCAUGGCAGCUAGUAACGGGGGCCACAUGCUGAGCCAUGCGCACCAGUGGGUGACGUCUCUGCCGCACGCCGCGGCGGCUGCGGCUGCAGCGGCGGUGGCGGCGGCGGAGGCCGGAUCGCCGUGGUCGUCGAGCCCGGUGGGGAUGACCGGCAGCCCGCAGCAGCAGGACGUGAAGAGCUCCGCCAGAGACGAUCUGCACACCGGCACCGCGCUGCACCACAGGCCCCCGCACUUACCUCCGCACCAGACGCACGCCGGCGCGUGGGGGAGCACGACCGCGGCGCACAUCAACUCCAUCUCCGGCGGCCAGCAGCAGCAGCAGUCGCUGAUCUACUCGCAGCCAGGCGGGUUCACCGUCAACGGGAUGCUGAGCCCGGGUAGCCAGAGCCUGGUGCACCCGGGCUUGGUGCGGGGGGACACCCCCGAUCUGGACCACGGCAGCCACCACCACCACCAUCACCACCAGCACCCGCACCACCAGCACCACGGCGGCGUCAACAGCCACGACCCGCACUCGGACGACGACACGCCGACGUCGGACGACCUGGAGCAGUUCGCCAAGCAGUUCAAGCAGCGGCGGAUCAAACUGGGCUUUACGCAGGCGGACGUCGGCUUGGCUUUGGGCACGCUGUACGGGAACGUUUUCUCUCAGACCACCAUCUGCAGGUUCGAGGCGCUGCAGCUCAGCUUCAAAAACAUGUGCAAGCUGAAGCCUUUGUUGAACAAGUGGCUGGAGGAGGCCGACUCGUCCACCGGGAGCCCCACCAGCAUCGACAAGAUCGCGGCGCAGGGGAGGAAGCGCAAGAAGCGCACCUCCAUCGAAGUGAGCGUCAAAGGCGCUCUGGAGAGCCACUUCCUGAAAUGCCCCAAACCCUCCGCGCAGGAGAUCAGCACCCUAGCGGACAACUUGCAGUUGGAGAAGGAGGUGGUUAGAGUGUGGUUUUGCAAUAGGAGACAGAAGGAGAAGCGCAUGACGCCGCCUGGAGUGGCGCAGACGCCGGAGGAUGUGUACUCUCAGGUCGGCAAUGGCCAUUUUUUAGUAGAUUACAUUAAAGAUGCGAGUGAAGACCAGAGGGUGACAACCACAAGUUCAUUCCACCAGAAACAAAAAGGAGCAUUCUGUAUAUUUAGGACUUUCCCCACGUGAGGGGAAACACAUCCACGAUGCUUCCGUCAUGAUUUGCAGCGUUUUUAAAUCAUUUUUUGUCCCACGCAGGAUUGAACCCAAACACGGACCUUCCUCUGUUUUUCUUUUCCUAUUUAUCGGACUGUGUCGGAGGAUUUUUUUGAGACAUUUGAAAAGACUUUGAGCUGCACUUACUUGACAAAAAUCUGUUGCCAAGUGUGACUGAGUGGGUGCUGUGGAUAUAAAUGCUGCCCUUUUUACGCAGUGUUCUUUGGUAGGUUUUAAUAAACAAACUCUGUAAAUCCGGCAAUAUAGUACACUUAUUUUUCAUCAGGAUGGUUUCUUUGAAUAUUUUAUUGGGUAAUUUAUUUCUCCCCUUCAGAAUCUUGUGUAAAA